AUGGCCCAUAUUUUAGACGUCGAGCCCGAGGUCCUCAUCGAGAUAUUCCAUCACAUUGGGGUGGUCGAGCUUCUGCGGUUCAAAGUCACUUGCAGCAAGAUCUACGGCAUCAUCGAUGGUGCGGCCGAUCUGCACUACAAGAUCGCACUGGAGAAGACUGGGAUGUUGUCGAAUCCCCGGUGCCAGGAUGGAAUCGACGAUCGACUUGCCUGGCUCAAAGCGAGAGAUGACGCCUGGGGCUUCUUCGACGUCAGGGAUCGGAACGAGGUCUCUGUCCCCGCUAUAUCCUCAGGCUUGUACGACGUUUCUUUGACAGACGCCUUUGUGGGUAUGAAGUCAAACGACGGCAGUGGGUCUGUGGGUUUGAUGAGCAUUCCACUUCCCUCAAUGUUUUUGGGUGGUGACGAAGAGCUCGUCGACUGGAACGUACUCAACCUGAAUAUGAACAUUCUCGAAUUCACUCUAGCUGUCGACGAGCACGAUCUGGUUGCCUGUCUUAUUUCUUCUCCAGAGGAAGAAGACCCCGAUACGUCAAACCUCAUGUUAGUCCUUAUGCGACACUCCACCUGGGAGCCUCAUGAUAUGGCCAAGGAACCUGUGUUGUGGGUGUGCCGCGUCAAGAAGGCCCAAGGGAAGCCAAAAAUUGCCCUUCAAAUAUGCGGUGAAAACAUUGCAAUUGCCGUUGCAUUCUCGAUCUUCGAGACCGACGUAGGUCCUAGUGGUUGGCUCGUAUUCUUCGACUGGAAGAAAGGCAAUAUGAAAUCGGUGCCGUUUCCGGUGUUCAACCCUGCGAUAGUCUUCCUCAGGGAGGAUAUAGUAGCUGCUCCGAACUCGCUGCGGCGCUCCAUUGACAUCUACCAUAUCCCGUCGUCAGAGUCGAUGGCAUCAAAUCCUCCAUGCAAAUACCCCUUCCCGACGCGUGCUCGUCUCAUCCACGCCCUCCUUCUACCUGAGCUCAACGAAAGCCCAGGAGUAAGGACUAACAUCAUCUCGUUCUCUUGUCAUUCCUCUCCAAUCCCGACAGGCGGCGGGAUAUUUCCCGGAAACGUUCCUAUCACACACCCUUACGCCAACGACCCCGAGCGGGCGAUCAUCGUGUUCGCUCUCGAAGCAGCUCAAACAGAAGGCGACACGACCGUGACACACGAUUUCCAUUUAAUUGUACACCGCCAGGCAUUGCUCAACCUCAUCCCUUGGGACGCCAUUCUCGAGGAUGAGGUAGCGGAGGGGCAUGCGGACGAUAUUGCGGAGGCACUCCAACGCUUUGCGCUGACUAGGGAAUCGAUGCCUUUUCCCGACGACGCAAUGCCGCCGGGUGGGAUCCAAAAGCAUGGAGUACCGACGCAGGAUUGGAACGAUUGGGGCCCAUCCGUCACACGCUGGUUCAAUGCCGACGACCUUUCCAGGGCGUUCAUAUCCAACUCAUCCGGACAGCGCUACGUACAGUAUACCCGAGGCGGCUCAAUCAGCAUCCUCGACUUUAAUCCGUGGACCGUUAGGCGUGCCUAUAACGGCCUUGGGAACAAGGCGCCAGUCGAAGGACCGCACUGUAUCUUAUCCGUUGUGGGACUGAAUCAGGGGGGAGUGGAAGGAGAUGUAUUGGAAUUGGAAGAGAAUAUGUGCUCCGGCGAAGGUAUGUUUGCGGAGGAUGUGGUCGGAACCUUGCCCUACGUAAAAUGCCGGAGUAAGGAGGAGUUCAACUUCGAUGGAAUUGUAAUGCAUGACGAGAUGCUGUUGGGCAUGAAGAUCAAUCGUGAAAGAAGGAACCUCGACACCAUGAGCGUUUUGUAUUUCGGCUGA